AUGAGUGAAUCAGAAAAAGAAUUGGCCUUAUGGGAAACUAUAAGAGAACUGGCUGAAGGAAGGGCUAUUAGUUUAGCUAAUGCUUCUAAAAUUCCAGAAGAUCACCAACAACAACAUCAACGCACAAAACGUUUUUCUACAACUGUUUUUUCUCCUAUAAUUUUAUCACCUUUCCAUUUUGCCCCAUUCUUUGGGCUUUCAGUUUUCGGGCCUGUUAUACUCUCACCAAGCACUUUCUCUCGUAAUUUAAAAAUUAUUUUUAAUUUAUUUUUUAAUAAUUUUAAAGCUUACAUUUUGAGCCCUAGUGUGUAA